AUGGCGCUGACGAGCUUGGCUGGUCAGCUCCGGAAACUACAGACUCCCCAGACCCAGAUCCUUCAGCAAGGAGUUGAGAGAGGCUCGCUACUUUUCGAAGCGAAAGAUGCGGCGACUUUGGACAGGGACACUAUUUUCGCCAUCGGAUGUUCCGGUCUCGAGGAGCUGUCGAAGGUCAACACGACUUUCUCGAAAUUCGCGAAGUCCCUCUUCCAUGAGACUUCGAAAGAUCUCCAGAGAGCGGUCCAAACGAAGGAGCAAAACGAGCAGCUGGACACCACUCUGAACGAGUUCCUCCACAGAGUUUCCCCUUACCUGCUGCUCCGUCCAGCGCACAAAACUCUCGAAUGGCUCAUCUAUCGCUUCCGAGUUCAUGAAUACAACACAGCGGCUUUCAUGCAGAUGGCUCUGCCAUUCCACGAGUCCAAUAUAUUCGCUCGGCUGAUCCAACUGGUGGAUUUCAACGACGAGACGACUUGCUGGCACUUCUUGAGCGAAACGAAGCGGCACGGGACUGUUCUCACGAAAAAGGCUCUGAUUGCACAGUGUGUGAAGAACCCUGGUCUGUUCCGGUUCGUGUGCGAUAUCCUGCCAUCGAUGCGGAAAGUCAAUCACGGCAGUUCACUGAGAACAGCGAUCAAUUUGACGACAGGAGUCGUCACCGGGCUUCUCGAGCUGCAUACUAGCCGAAUCGACAACAAAUUGGUAUCGGCAAUUGUCGCUCACUUGGCCGACAGCCUGGUCCUGGCAAAACAGGACGCGAACUCGGAAUGGAUCAGCGCCAAUCUGAUGGUGAUCGGUCAGCUGGUGCGCAAGGAAUCCGCACUCAAAACCGACAUACUCCAACUGUUACUGAUCACAAUGGCUAAGGUUCUGACGGCUGAAACCCUGAGAGCGGGCAUCCUCGCCCUCCUGGUGACCUAUCGGUAUCAGGUUUCGUUGGACUCUCUGCCGCAAAAAGUCGUCAAGGCUCUUGUGGUCUUCGAAGACCUCCCGAAUCAACUGUUGGCCUGGGUCAAGCACGGGGAAUGCGAAAACAGAUUCAUUCCGCUCUUCGUGCGCGGUCUGUACGUCCACAUUCUCACUGAGGUGAGCCCCGAGAAGGUCGUCGGGCUCCUCUUACCCUACCACUCUCUGCAUGGCGAAAAGGCUGAAUUGCGCGCGAUAUUCACCGAAAACUUCAUGUCAGCAUACAUUUCCCUGCGCUCCAAAGGCCUAGAGUGCGCAGAAACCGCGAAGAAGAUCCUCAGAAUAUUACAGCAACGUCUCGGAGAUGAACUUGAUCGGGAAAUCGAACGGGGACUCCAAGGACCCGACAAGGAGUUCGUCAGUGAUCUCCUGAACACGUGCAGUCUCGGUGUACGACACCUCACUAUCGGGAACGAAGGUGAGACCAUCUUCCUGGCGCUCAUGAGCAAACAGGCACACCUCCGUUCGGCCGCGAUCAACGAAGUCAUGAAGCACUCCUCGACCGCGGCACCGGAUGAAUUCAUCAAGAAAUCAGUUCGUAGCGUUCUGGCGACAGAAUCGGAUUUCACCGUACUCGAGAGCUUGAUGAAAUCCUUGACAGCAGAGAACAUUGUCAAGUUCAUGACGGCCGACGAAGCGGUCGAUCUUUCGCUCGAUCGAAUCUGCGUUUUCCGGAAGAAGAAAUGGCUCGAAAGCAACUUACAAAUCGUACGAAUCGUUUGCGACGGCUUGCACAAUGACGCGUCGCUGGCGAAUUUAUUGAAGUUCGUUGUCACGCUGGCCGUGAUGUUCAAGAGCUCUGACGUCAAGAUUCUGGAAGCGUUGCUCAAAUGCAAUCUCGCCAGGAGUCGCACGCAGUUCAAGCAUUUACUCAAGUGCAAAGUCGACGAGCAAAUGGAUACGACCGAGCUGAGCGAUUCGGUGUUCAACGCGUUGGCAAGAGGCUUCAAAGGGACGAACGUGGAGGAGCACUUCCAAGUUCUCUUCAGCAAUCUACCUGACGCUUCCAGCGCCAGAACUCGUUUCGGCUCUCUGAAGUUCAUUGCAAAUCUCGUACAGCAGUCGAAGCCGCUGUCUGUGGGGGCUCUGAACACGAGCCUCGACGCUCUGCAAGGAUUACUCGACCUCGGACUGGAGGAACACGAGGACGGUAUCGAUGCCGUCGCUAAUGGACUUCUGCCCAUAAGCAGCGUGACGGAAGUCGUUUGCGCCUUGUUACAAAAUUUCACUCCUGUCAAGGAGCUCGAAAAAGUCCCCGCAUGGCACAGGAAAAUCGACGCUCGAAGCAGCGAGGUCGCCUUUCUCCAGCGAGUGUUCUCGAUCGCUGUUCGCAGAUUCAAAGUCGAGCAGAGCUUCAAAGUCUGUCUGAGCUGUAUGUUCCAAAAAUGUCUCCCGACCCAAUCCUGCUGCAAUUUCCUGUCAGGGAUGCUGCUGACCCACUUGACCGAGUCGCAAUCCGAGGAGGAUCUGCACUUGCAAGCUCACGCGCUCUGCUUGAUGUCGGUGUUCAUUGGUGCGGUAGACAAAUCGGCCUCGGAUUCGAUCGCUCUAUCCGUCGUCGCUGUUCUCCUCUCGCCCGUGAGACGCAUCCGGAGACUCGGAUUGAACGUCUUGGAAAAAGCCAAUUCCGACUCAUUUGCGACCUACCUUGUGAGCCACGUGAACAAUUUGUCCGACGUCGACGGCAUUCUCGCGAGUGUCGCGACAUUUCACGCUAAGCACGAGAACGCUUUCCUCAAUCGAGCUCUGGACGAUGAGGAUCUCUCAUCCGUUGUAAAGCUCGGAAUCCUCCAGCUCGUACGAAAGGCAACUUCGAACGCUACUGUCGAGGCCGCUGGACGGGUUUUGGCACAGUACGUCGCUUCGCCGGCCGUCACGAUCGAUCCGAAUAAUAAAGAGAUCAUAAGACUUAGUCUGGAGAAAAUUCACAUGUCCUCGGCGAAGAAGCUCAACGCCAAGCUGCGUGACGUUCUCUUCGGCGUUCUGAAGAGCGAAAACGAUACGCUCUCGCUACUCGGACUCGAAGCCCUCGAUGAAGCCAAACUGCUGGCGAAAAUGAGCGACGAGGACCUCAAAGAGGUUUUGAAUCAUUUGCUCGUUUCGAUUCUCGACGCACAGACUGACAUCCAGCGCAGAGCUGCAGAAAACGCCCUGAUGGCUCUGAUCCGCCAGAAGGCGAACUUGCUCGAAUCCGAGUUAUCGAAAGCUACCACGGAGGCUACCGACAGCAUCGAGUCCGUCCGCGAGGUGAAAAGAAUGCGACUCAGCACGAAGGAGAAGGCUCCAACCAAUACCGAUCCUCUGCAAAGCGUUACGUGGAAGCGUGUUGUGAUCAUUCUCGAGACCCUGCACGGGGUCGAGCUGCCCUCGGACGCAACAGACAUCGUGAAAAUCCUGUACGAGGUGCUCCGUCGCGCCCUCGAAAUCACAGACAGUGUCAGCGUGGAGUACGUCAAGCAGUGCGUCAUGUCGUGUCUCCAGGUCCACGGGACCUCGGACGCGAUGCUCCGGCUCCACCAACAUCAGAUAAGUUUGUUGGUGAAGGCGCUCCGCUUGAGCCAGAGCUCACAGACGCAACAUGCUAUCCUCAACAUGCUCAAUCACAUGGCGCGGCUUUUCCCAGAAGAGGUCCUGCAGAAUAUGACCAGCGUCUUCACCUUCAUGGGGACCUCGCUGCUGCGCCAGGAAGACGAAUAUUCCUUCCAGGUCGUUCUCCAGACAAUCAAUUCCGUGAUACCGAUUCUUCUAGAAGCCGCGAACAACAAGUCCAAUAAGAAUGUCGUAUCGAAGGUCACGAGGGUUUUUAUCGACUCGUGGGCCGACAUACCAGAGCACAGGAGAUACCCGAUCUUCAAGAAGCUCGUGGAGACCCUCGGACCCGCAGACUAUGCUUGGCUGCUGGUAGCUCAGUCCGUGGAUCAGUUGCUGGAGAAAGACGAAGAUCUGGAAGAAUCCGAGUUCAUGGAUUUCAUGAUGGGACUCCUCGGGGACUUCACGAUCCACACGAUAUUGAGCAGCUGUCAGCAUCUGCUACAUUUCGCGUCGCGGGUACCCAACCGGAAGAGAGACGCCAACCAAUCCAACGUAGACAAGGAGAUCGUAAACCCGACGAAAUGCGACGACAAACGUCUCGCCGAAUUCAAAAUUCAGUGCGCCGUGUUCGUCGAGCACCUGUUGUCGGGAACGAAUUUCCUCACUCUGGCCGCGGAAGUCGAGGAAAACGAUUCCGAACAGGUCGAGCAAGUCUACGAAGCUCUCCUGUCGACCAGUCUCGAGUCCAUCCACAAACUGAACGCCGCGAUCCAACAGCGGGAGGCCGACGACCUCCUCGAUCACUGGAAUACGAACCUGAAUUUGCUGCACGACUGCGUCGAUCGGAUCAACGGGGUCCUCAAACCGAACGCUUUGGUGGCGGUUGUGGAACGGCUCCUCGACGAGGAACUCCCCUCGAUCCGACGGAACGCGAUGGAUAUGCUGAACAACAAACUUAUCUCCGAAACUUUCUUCAACGAUUGCGAUCAGAUCAAUCGACUCGUUUCGCCCCUUUGCGAUCAGGUCCUACUGGAAGAAAACAAUCAAGAAGAGCUCAAUCAACAAACCGCUCUUGUCUCGCUCAAACUAAUUUGUCGAAAGGCCAGCAGCUCCGACGAUGACAUCAACAAGCUAUUCACCAUUGUAGAGAAGGGUUUCAAGAAAUACGAGACAUUGUCCGACGUCAUUCUCGGAGGGACCUUGCUGCUGUUCGCCGAGCUGUGUCAUUCCUACUCGACGAGGACGCUCAAUCAUUUCGCGAAGCUCAUGAAAAGUUUCUUGACGAUUUCGGCGAAGUGCGAGAAAUCCGAAGCCAUCGUUCUGGGUCUCGUCGUCUCCUACAACCGACUCGUGGAGAGCCUCACAGGCUUCCUGUCCCCGUACCUGCCCAAACUCAUAUGUCACAUCUGUCGACUCUGCGCAGAGCAGAACGGCAAACUCUCAUUCGGAUCGUCUUUGAGCGAGCAGCUCCGCACUAUCUGCGCGCAUCUCGGCGAGCAAAUUCCUUUGCGGGUUCUGCUGCCCGCGAUCGAUGAUUGCUUGGCGAAAUAUCCAGUGGUGGCCGAACAUUCUCUUUACCUCAGCAACAUCCUGCGAAUAUUCCGAGCCGCCAUCGAGAGCAGUGACCAAAAAGCUUUCGAGCAGCAACGCGAUACCGUCAACAGUCUGGUCCUGAAACUCCUGCAGUACCGUGAAGAAGCAUUCACGGCCGGCACGGACGCCGAGGAGCUGACCGCAGCCGAAGUCUACAUCGUGGAUUGCGUGACGGCACUGUCCCUCAAGUUGUCGGCCACCACGUUCCGUCCCUUCCUGUCGAAGUUACACGUCUGGGCUACGAUGUCUGAAGACGCCCUUGACGGUCGUUCUCACAGAACUGCGACGUUCUACCAUCUUUUCUACAAGCUGUCCGAAACGCUGCAAGGACUAUUCAUUCAGUUCGCUGGGCAAUUCGUACAGCACGCGUCGGACACUUUGCUGAAGAACAGGAGAGCCGUCGAGCUGAAGAAUAUUCAUCUGGAAUGCACGGGAUGGAUACUAGCUGCUCUUUCAAAUUGUUUCCAAUUCGGUGGCAAGUCGUUCGCCACUCGUGAAGUGUACACGACACUGGUCGAGCCUCUCGUGGGUGAGAUCGAGAAUGUCGCCGAAAAUUCGGACGGCGGCUACGAACGUCGGGUGUUGACGAGGAUCUGCCCAGCAGUAGCAAACCUCGCCCUCGCAUGUCCCGAGACGGAGUGUAAAGAUUUGCACAACAAAGUUCUAUUCAAAACAAGGAAUUCCUCUUCGAAAAUUCGACUGGCGGCUCUGCAGAGCUUCGCCGCGAUUGUACGCCGCCUCGGCGACGACUACAUGCGGCUGCUGCCCGAAAGCGUUCCAUUCCUGGCCGAGCUGAUGGAGGACGAAUGCGCCGAGGUCGAGAAACUCACUCAGGAGAUCGUUCAAGAAAUGGAACAACUGCUCGGGGAACCUCUGAUGAAAUACUUCUGA